AUGGCUUUCGAAUGGAAGGCUGCCGGUCUCACUUACAACCGAUAUCUCGCCGUUGCCGCCAGAGUCGUCCGCAGAUCGUUGAAAGAAGGACCUAGACUUCAGGCUGAGAAAAGAGGAGAGAUGGACUUGAGAUUCGCAAAGUGGCAGAACGGCAAACAAGGCGAAAAUCAGAGUCUGAGUGCUGCGAAUGCGGGUGCUAUGGCUGAACAUGCUACUGGGGAGGCAAAAUAG